AUGGCAACCCCUACUCGCUCCCAGACUGUCUCCACCCCUAAACCUCAUCUCUCGACACCCAACCGACCGAUGGCUUCACCUCGCCCAGGCACUGCAUCCACGACCAAUCGUCCCUUUGCUCAUAAAUCGCCGGCUGUGAAGACGCCUGCUUCAAUCCAUGGCCAUACCCAUCAUGUCAGUGUGUCCUCACAGCCCUCAUCGACUCCGCUCACCACAACUGCCCUUCACGAUGAUCUCCUGAACUUGACCUCACCUGCCGCGGCCCUGAUGGCAACCCUUGGCCCUACAGGUUUGACUCCAUUGGGAGCGGGGGCCGAUGGUUUGGGAAUAUCAACGAAUGGCCAUGACCCGCCCGGUCGGGGAGGCUUCACUCCUGUGAAUCCGGAAGUUGAAAGAUUCCAACGGGCCCAUUGGGUUGCCAAUCUACUCAAGACUCGUGUGGCAGGGCGAGGUGUCACAAGGGAAGGCGUGGAGCGCAUGGCUCAACUUCAAGGGUUCAAUACGCUUUGGGAUGACGACAACCUCACUAUUGCAGGUAAUGCUGUUGACCUCGAGCUCAAUUUCGAGGCCUUGAGUCGAGAUGUCGUAAAAGAUGUCAGCCUCAAGUUGAGUACCUCUGAAAAUGACGAGCCCCAGUUGCAAGAAGGCGGCACCAAAGUUCUUAAGGAGAACUUGGCUUGGUCGCAAUUUGCUGAACCAUCCUUACCAUGGACCAGUCUCUCCUCUUUCGAGUCCAACCUACACUAUUUGCGCCAAAUUGACCAGAUCGAAAACGGGGCACCGUGUUUCAGUGCUGUCAAUAACUUAUACCAUGCCUUCCAACUAAUAUGGAAUGCUGAGAAACAGAAAUUGAACUGGCAUGCUACUCAAAGCCAUCAGAGACGAGGUGCAAUUGGCAGGCCUUUCUUAGAUCGUGGUUCAAAACUAGGGCUAUCCCUGGACUAUUGGACUCGGAGGCAUGACCCGGAAUCAGACUCGAGCGAUGACUCUAUACAGAUAGACCCUCGAGAUCUAUACACCGUCCAAAUAUCCUGCGAGUCAGACACAACACCCACUCUCUUGCCAGCCAAUUGGGUUUCCGAUCAAGUGCUCUCCGAACAGACCCAAGCAGCGUCGAUCCUAGAAGCUGAUUCUGACACUUUGAUGCCCGAAUGGCAGGAUCCCACCUUGGAUAGUGGUGAACCUAAAGACCCUUCCGGAACAACUUCAGAUGAUGUUGCCAUGGAAAAUCCAGGCAACUCUUUACCCUCCAUGCUCAGCAUGCACUUUAUCUGCUCAUUAUUUCCCCAAAUUUAUCUGCCCCUGAACGCUGCUGCAGGCCUUAGAAUGGGAUUUGCUAUGCUGGAUCUUGAUCAAGAAUCGACAGUUACCUAUCAACAGGCAUUACAGGAUUACUGCAACAGAGGCAGAUCAACUGACCCGGGCGAGCAUACUGGGGAAAGAUGGCCACGGGACUUGCCCAUAGCGAAUGCAACGGAUAGAAGUGGGUUUCGACGCCACUCAUAUGCUUUGCAUUCAGCCCAAAACGGAGCCCCUCUGUGGUGUUUUCCGGUCAGGACUUUGAAGUUCAACCACCCUAGACAGCUUGCCGCUGCACUUCCUGUGCUCCGCCAAUACGCUCUACUAUGGAGCAUCCUUCAGAGUCUUGUGGAAUUUCCAUCUUACCCCACCACUGCAUCUGAGGAUAUGGUACCUCCCGCGGGCAGUGCGAAGGUAUUGCAAAUUCAUCAACGCCCCUUAAAACGCAGCAAUAUCAGAAAUGGAAGACAUAGUUUCCAGAAUUCAACGCAACAGAACGCUGACGCAAUUGAUAAGGAGACGCUCCCAGUGGAUAUAAGUCUGGACAUCAUUUCUGAUCCUUCACGAGCAAGACUCGACAUAUUUAUUCCAUUGAGAGGCACUGUCUCUAGGAACAGGCAGAAGCCAUUUGUUUUUCUUUCUUUCGAGGUAUGUAGCGGAGGAUCAAUCGAAGUCAGGUCGCUUCAAGGUGUUCAAGCUAGUGGCUCUGAUGACACUGCUUUGAAGCCAAAAGUCGCGCGGGUUUUGACGGUCACCGAGGAUAUUGGACUUGUGGUCGAAUGGCUUGUCGAAAAGGCUUCGUCGCAGCCGUAG